AUGGCAACCAGUUUCAACGUAGCCGACAUGUCCAACGACGACUUCUUGCAGCUGCUUAACUACACCAAUUCCACCCCUCCGAAUGACACCGGCAAGGACACCCCCCGGCAAGAUUACCUGGGAUAUGCCGGGUUUCCGUCCUUUUCAAUGAACAAUACUCCGCCGUACGAGUUCCCCCCGACACCAACAUCCAGCACGCCCCGCAAAACUCCGACUGAGAAGCAGCAAGUAGCACAGAUCCGGGAAUUCACUGAAAAUGCUUACCUUAACUCCAGAAACAUUCUCGCCAGCCUUGAUCGAAUUGAGGCCAUCAUUGAGUGGAUUCAUGACAGCCAGAAUCGUCAGGACGCCCGCCUGGCAAAGCUCGAGGAAAAGAUUGAAGAAGUCAAAGAAGAAGUGGCAGAGGUCGUACAGACCCUUCGGGACCAGGAACUAAACUGUAGCCACUGCAACGGGGAAGAAGAAUAUAGUGGAGAUGAUCAGAGCGACGACGCCUCCGAUGAUGACGUUAGUGAGACCGACUACAACAGCGAGGGUGUAGAGAGAAAUGAUUCCGAAGUCCAGGAAUUUUACAACAUGUACGGUCCCUACUAG